AUGCUCGUUUCUCUUCUCGGACUCGUUACUGUCAGCGGAAUCGGUGUCAAUGCCCUCGAUGUGGGGGUUGCCAAACUGCCCGUCUUGGGGUACAAUACGUGGAAUUUUUAUCAGUGCGACAUCAGCGAGAAACUCAUUGUCGAAACUGCAACUUUGAUGAGAAAGUUUGGGCUUCAGGCUGCGGGGUACAAUUAUGUGAACAUCGAUGACUGUUGGUCCCUCAAGAACCGGAGCAAAACUGGGGAAUUAGUUGCAGACCCCGUCAAAUUCCCUAGUGGGAUCAAGAACCUUACCGAUACCCUUCAUAAAAUGGGGUUCAAGGCCGGCAUAUACAGCGAUGCCGGUUGGUUCACAUGCGGUGGCUUCCCUGGAUCUUACUCUUACGAGCUAAAGCAAACGUUUUCGGAUUGGGGUAUUGACUAUCUCAAGUACGAUAAUUGUGCCAUUCCAUAUGAUAGCAUCACUCGCCAGGGUGUUUAUGGUCGCUAUACCCCUAUGCGCGAUGCACUUAUUGCUGUGGCUAAGAAAGCCAAAAAGAUACCAAUAGUCUUUUCCCUAUGCGAGUGGGGUUGGAAUCAAGUUUGGGUUUGGGGGAAAGAAGUCGGCCAGAGUUGGAGGACUACCGGUGAUAUUGCCCCCACAUGGCCCAGUCUGGCUCAUAUUAUCAAUUUCAAUUCAUUUAUUACGUCGUCAACCGAUUACUACGGCCGCAAUGACCUUGAUAUGCUUCAAAUUGGGAAUGGAAACCUCACUUAUGAAGAAAAGAAAUCCCAUUGGACCGCAUGGGCACUCAUGAAGUCGCCCCUGUUCAUUGGGACCAACCUUUCGGCAAUUACUCCCGACACACUGAGUAUCUUGACCAACCGUGAGAUAUUGGCGAUCAACCAGGACCCAGUAUACGGGGAGAGCAUUUCACCCUUCCGCUGGGGACUCAACCCUGAUUGGUCCUUCAACGCGACUCAUCCAGCUCAGUACUGGUCCGGGCGUAGUCAGAAUGGAACAGUCGUCAUGAUGCUCAACACACUCGACGAACCAGCUGAAAUGAGCUUCAACCUGACUGAGUCUCCGUGGAUUCGUGCUGGACGCAAGUACUCGAUUCGAGAUUUGUGGUCACACACCAACAAUGGUACCGCGGUUCGUAACAUUACACGUACCGUUCCUGCGCAUGGCGUCUUGGCUUUACUUCUUAAGGAUGCGGGGAACGAACCAGCAGGAUUAUACCCGGAAUGCAGUGUCUGGUGGCAAUGCACAGACAAGAACGGAACUCGUGUCGGAGGUUAA